CAUGGUGUCGCCUCCUCUCGAGGAGGCGGCGGCGUUUUCGGCUCCGCUGCGCGUCGAACCGGCCCUGCGGCCGCUCAUGGGCAGCCAGGGCCGCUCGGGUUCCCCCGGGAACCGCGGGCCCAGGGAAAGCGAGGGCGGGGAGGCGAGGGUCGCGCGGGGAAAGCGAGGAAAGAGGAAGGGGAAAGCGGGCACCGGGCACGGCGGAAGAGGAAGCGGGGCGGAAGGGAAGCCGGGCCUGCAGCCGGCGAGGAAGACAGCGGGGCCGGGGGCUGAGGCGGGCCCGGGGCAGGAAGGAGAGGAAGGCGCAGGCGUGGAGGAAAGACCGAGAAGCUCCGGGAAGCGGGAUGAGAGGAGCGCAGGCCCCGGGAAGGAGGAGGAACGGAGGCUCGGGGCCGAGCGGCGGGAGGACGGCAGCCUGGAGAGAGCACGGGAGCGUGGGUGUCAGGCGUGGGGCGGCAUCCCGGGGACCCGGACGGCCAUGGCGGCUGCCGGCGACGAGGAGGCGAAGGCGGCGGCUGCGGAGCCGUCCGGUCGUCCGCCCGCGGGGCCCGCUCUCUGGCGCCUGCCGGAGGAGCUGCUGCUGCUCAUCUGCUCCUACCUCGACAUGCGGGCCCUCGGCCGCCUGGCUCAGGUGUGCCGCUGGCUGCGGCGCUUCACCAGCUGCGACCUGCUCUGGCGCCGGAUAGCCCGGGCCUCGCUCAACUCCGGCUUCACGCGGCUCGGCACCGACCUGAUGGCCAGCAUUCCAGUAAAGGACCGAGUGAAGGUGUCUCAGAACUGGAGACUGGGCCGCUGCCGAGAGGGGAUUCUGCUGAAGUGGAGAUGUAGUCAGAUGCCCUGGAUGCAGCUUGAGGAUGCUUCUCUAUACAUAUCUCAGGCUAAUUUCAUCUUGGCCUACCAGUUCCGCCCAGACGGUGCCAGCUUGAACCGUCGGCCCUUCAGAGUCUUCGCUGGGCACGAUGAGGAUGUUUGUCACUUUGUGCUGGCAAACUCGCAUAUCAUCAGUGCAGGAGGAGAUGGAAAGAUUGGUGUUCAUAAGCUCCACAGCACCUUCACUGUCAAGUACUCGGCUCAUGAGCAGGAGGUGAACUGUGUGGACUGCAAAGGGGGCAUCAUUGUGAGCGGCUCCAGGGACAGAACGGCAAAGGUAUGGCCGUUGGCCUCGGGCCGGCUGGGGCAGUGCUUACACACCAUCCAGACUGAAGACCGAGUCUGGUCCAUUGCCAUCAGCCCGUUACUCAGCUCUUUUGUGACAGGAACAGCUUGUUGUGGGCACUUCUCACCUCUGAGGAUCUGGGACCUCAACAGUGGACAGCUGAUCACACAUCUGGGCAGUGAUUUCCCCCCAGGGGCCGGGGUGUUGGAUGUCAUGUAUGAGUCCCCUUCUACACUGCUGUCCUGCGGUUAUGACACCUAUGUUCGCUACUGGGACCUCCGCACAAGUGCCCGGAAAUGUGUCAUGGAGUGGGAGGAGCCCCAUGACAGUACCUUAUACUGCCUGCAGACAGAUGGCAACUACCUGCUGGCCACAGGUUCCUCCUACUAUGGUGUUGUGCGGCUGUGGGACCGGCGCCAGAGGGCUUGCCUGCAUGCCUUCCCGCUGACGUCGACUCCGCUCAGCAGCCCUGUGUACUGCCUGCGACUCACCACCAGGCAUCUCUAUGCUGCGCUGUCCUACAAUCUGCACAUCCUAGACUUUCAGAACCCAUGACCAACUGCCCUGCCUCUGGGCCGGGCAGAUCAGCUACUCAGGGACCUCUUUUGCCUAGCAGGUGAAGUGAUUGACACCGCACCCUCUUCCCAGCCCUGCUUCGCUCCUGGACCUGUGGCCACAGUGCCCUGGCACCUGAAAGCACUGCCUCCUGGACACUGGGGCUGACUCUGAUGUAGGCCCUCCCAGUACCUGUGGUCUUAGGAGAAUGGACCUGAACUUUGGUGUUUACAACAGGGCCAACGUAAGGUCCUGGGCUGGCGAGGUCCAGCCUGUCCCCGAGAGCCCUGCAUAGCAUUACAGCAGCCUACAGAGUGAGGUGAGGGGCUCCCGCAUCCCAGCUAGAAAGACAGGUGAGUUGCUGGAACUUUUGCCAGUACCAGCUGUCUCCUCAGUCAGGUCUCAACUUUGGCCAGCUUCUUGAAGCUGGGGGGCUCAUUUCUGAGGUACUAGCCUGGUUUUGCUUUGAAACUAAGAAAAGGGACAAAGGACACCUGUCAGUUCGGGCUUCUGGGAUAGCCAUUCCGCAGGCCAGCUGUGAGAAACAUGCUAUGAUUUUAAUUUCUGUAAAAAUAAAAUCUGGGGGCUGGAGAGAUGGCUCAGAGGUUAAGAGCACUGACUGCUCUUCCAGAGGCCCUGAGUUCAAUUCCUAGCAACCACAUGGUGGCUCACAGUCAUUCAUAAUGAGAUCUGGUGCUCUCUUCUGGCCUGCAGGCAUACAUGCAGACAGAACACUAUAAACCUAAUAAGUAAAUCUUAAAAAAUAAUAAUAAAAUAAAAUCUGGUUGUUUACAGAUCUGGUUAGGUCACCCUAGGAGGCCCCAGGAAGGCAGAAAUCAUAUUUAAACUCAGGAAUGUGUACAGGGAAGGACAAAACCAUGGCUCUGUGUCCUCAAUGUUUCUUUUCUUCCACGUCUUUAGGGUGUGGACAAGGGACCGUGGCUGUUGACCUGCUGUCUGUCACCUACGGUGACCUUCCAUUCUCCACACACACCUUUGACAACCUGUAACCUUGCUCACUUCCAGCACAGCGCUGUAACAUUCUGUGCUGUUUCCAGGACUGCUGGAUGUUCUUAACUUCCCCUUUGCUCACAUCCACCUCAGGGGAGUUUCUCCUGAGCCACCUGUACAGGGCAAGUAUGGCAAGCCUAGCCCUGCUUCUCUCCUUUAGCUGGAAGGCGGGGAUGGAAGGCUCCAGGAUGGGGAGGAUGGGGGAGGUUGCCACACCAGCGCCUUCCUUGGGAAGACCAGGGUGCCGAGGACAGGCAAGAUACAGCAAUGAAUAGAAGGGCAGUCCUUCCAGAGCAACUCCAAACGACUUUACUCAGGAACAAAACCACAGGCAGAAGCAAGCUGUGCCCCAAGAGCCACUUCUGUGGCCUCUGAAGUUCUUAGAGGAGGCUGCCCAUGCCAGAGGAGCCCAAGCCUGGAAGUCGCCCAGCUUCCUUCACACUGGAGGUCCAAGCAAGGCUCAGGACAGCUACUGGGUCUUACAGUCCCCGUCACUGCUGUGGGCUGUCUUUACCUUCUUUAGCUCCUUCUGUAGCUCAGACUCAGCCACCAUGACCUCCUUUGGCUUCUGAUACUGUGGAGGGAACCAGGGAGAAAGCAUAACUCAGUUUCUAGCCCCUCCCUCCACACACACACUCUGGAUCCUCUUGUACGUGAGGAAACAUAGGUGUGCAGGUCUGAAGGACUUGCUUAGGCCUGUGGCUGGGGAGGAGCAUCCCCAUGAUGACCACCCAAGUCCCCAUCAUGACCCUGACCCUCCCCCCCAGAUGAGUAGGAGAGCCUGAAGGCAGGGGAGUGGGCGAGGGAAGAGGAACCUCUUCUCUUACAGAGAUUAUCAGGGUGCAGUUGGCAUGAGCAAAGCUCAGUGCAGAGUCCUCCAGAGGAAGCUGGUGUCGGUCUAGGUCAGGAAUGGAGAACUUCUUGUAGUACCUGUGGGGACACCAAGAGGCUGCUGGAGAACCAGCAUGGUAACCCUGGCAGUUGGGCACCAGGCCAUUUGCCAACAGCCACCCCCCCCCCCCCCCUACUUUCUAUACAGCUUGACAGAAGAAGGGCCUGGGUUUUUUGGGUCUGUGGCUCUGGAAUCAAAAAGACGAUGGCAGCCUUACAGAGGGUCAGCCAAGGGUGAGCAGAGCCAGGGGGGUUCUGAGAUUAGCCCAGGGGUCAGACUCACCAACUAUACAAAGAGCAUCCCUAGGCUCAUGGGACAUCUCUCCUAACAAGCAUCAGCAGGACACAUGAGACCUCACUGAAAGACUGGUGACGACACUGUGUCUCUGACCUCACUGACCGACUACUAAAACCAGACCGGAGCGUCACCAUAAGGAGCUAUCUUCCUGGGAGGACAAGCCAUGAGACUGAUGGAACCCGAUCUCAGACUCUGGACCCAUUUCCCAUAUAGUAAACACAAAACCAACCAGAUAGCACAGAUUCCGAGGCUUUGCCAAGAGGGAAUGCAGUUGGGAGGGAGGGAGGGUGCUGGUGAAGUCAGGCUCAAAGUUCCUCAGCCUGGCCCUCACUUGAUGCCCUUCCUCUCAAUUUCCUUGGUGGACAGGUGGCCUAGAUGGGAUGGGCACCAGCCAGGGGCAGCUAGAGCCCCUACCUGGACAAGUCCUAGAGCCCCUACCUGGACAAGUCCUUUUCUGAAUGGGGGGGGGGGCGGCUGUGCGGGCUGAGGAGGGAAAUGCCUCAGGCAGGUACAAACAAACUCAAGAGCAGGGCCUGGAGAGAAUGGGCUUUUAAUACUUCAGAGGGACCUGGCCCUUGUGGUGACAGCUACACUGAGUCCACUUCAAAAGCUCUGAUGCCCUGGGGACUCAGUGCAGGGUUCUGCCCUCUCUUCCCUGCCCAAAUCCCUCAGUUCAGAAGAGGCUCUGGGGGCCCCUCUUUUCCCAGGUUCCCCUCUCCCCACCAAGGUGCAGGGACCCACGCAGGAAAAGAAUGUUUAUUCAAAGGCUGACAGUUCAAAAGGAGUGGGGGCUGGGACCCUAAUGGUACUGCAAGUUGCUUUCUUUUCCAAAGCUCUGCCCCAGGGAAAGGCGAUCCAUCUGCCUGCAAUGGGUGGAAUGCCUGCUUCAUCCUCUUCCCAGCCAACAGGCUAAGUGAGGGCUUUUCCUGGGGCCCUGGUCUGGCCUGCAAAGGUGGCAGACACUGAUAAUAGCAGGGGGUCAAAGGUUAAACAGUGGAGAUUAGGUGAACACAAAGGCUUGUUAGGAAGUGUUAACAUCUUCCCUGCAAAUAUACACAGAAAGCAGGACCAGGAGAGAAGCACCGCCCAACCCCCCGGGCAGGGCCAA